AUAACCCGUAGUGUUUCGCAAAAUCUUCCUCUAUCAUCUCCACCACCACCACCAUGGUAGCUCAUUGCCUUUGUGUUGUUUUGGCCAUCUACUUGUUCUCGCAUUUCUGGGGAAUUGGUGCACAAGAUAGUGGGCCUUACAGAGUCAUCCUAGAGUCAAUCAGAGAUUGCACAGACAAGGGGACAGGCGAGAUGUCCAUCACAUCGUCCUCCAGGACUGACGAGAGUGGGAAGAUGUACCACACAGGAGACCUCAACAUGCCAUACGGGCUCAAAGACAACAAUUUUAAGGCUGAAGGAGAUGCUUCAAUUUGGAAAGGUGGAGAAUGGAAACCGAUUGGUCUGGUGUGGAAACUUGGAUUUCCUAAGGCGUGCAGUAGUAUAAAGAGUAUGGUUCCUACAUGGUUUGACAUCCUCAAGGCGGCUGGGGUUGAAAAUUUGGGGUGCAUGAUUCCUCAAGGAAAAUAUCACUUUGUUGACUACCACGUUGGGAGCAUGGACAAAGUAAACUCGUUGAAGUAUGGCAAAUACAGGAUUCGGCUUAGCUUCACCAGACAAGGCAAGAAGAUCGGCUGUAUCUCCUACUUUGCGCAAGCAGUGCCCAAGUGAACGAUUUUAAUUUAUUAAAAUGUCUUUCAAAGUAUAA